AUGGAUCGAUUUCGGAUGAUCUUCCAGUACUUCCAGUCUAAUUCAGAGUCAGUGACAAAUGGGAUCUGUGCACUUCUCGCAUUGGCAAGUGUCAAGAUUUACACCUCCUUUGACUUCAACUGUCCUUGUCUUGCUAAAUACAACAUGGUGUAUGGUUUGGGAAUCAUGUUCAUCCCACCAGUGGCACUUUUUCUCUGUGGGCUUAUUGUCAACAGACAGUUUGUGGUGAUGCUUGAAGAAUGGAAAAGACCUAUUGGGGACAGGAAGAAGAAUCUGGCCAUAAUCAGGUUCAUGUGUUCCUCUGUCCUGCAACGGGCCAUGAUUGCACCUGUUGUUUGGAUCAUAGUCACCCUCCUUGAUGGAAAAUGCUUUGUAUGUGCCUUCAGCAGUUCCGUUGACCCUGAUACGUUUCCAGAUUUUGUUACUAAUAUCACCUCUCUUGAUGAGGUACAGCACUUGCUCUCCAAGGUCCCAUGUAAGGAUGAUGAACUCAUGAGGAAUAAUACGUCCCGCAAGGCAGUGUCCAGGUACCUCAGAUGCUGGUCACAGGCUUUUGGAUGGAGCAUACUGCUGACCCUUAUAAUGAUAGCGUUCCUUGCCCGUUCUCUCAGGCCCUGCUUUGAUCAGACUGCCUUUUUGCAGACUCGAUACUGGAGCAACUACAUUGAUAUCGAACAAAAGAUAUUUGAUGAAACCUGCUGUGAACAUGCCCGGGACUUUGCACACAAAUGCAUCCUCCAUUUCUUUGAAAGCAUGCAGAAAGAGAUCAAACUGAAACGGUUCCAUGUUCACACAGAAGAAAGAGAGGAGAAGGAAAGGGAAGAAGAUCAUUUGCGAGGAAUCACCAGUCAGGAGCAGAUGAAUGAGCUUCUUCAGUCAUGGUACAGAAGCAGGCCACCAUUAGAUCUGUGCCAAGCAACACAGCGACAACCUGCAGGCACAGAGAGGACAUCUAUGACUUGGGCAGGCAGUAUGAUUAACAGGUGGCAUCCACAAUUAGUGGCCUCAGAUAACAGGGAAACAGAUGUUUAA